GGGUUUGAUCCAAUUCACUCCUACCAUGGCUUGAUCUUCACUUAAUAAUCAUAGCUCCUCAUCUUCUAAUCCUACUCUCAUCAAUCAUUAAUCUUCUCAUAUAAUCCAUCUCCACAGGCUUUUCCUUGAAAAAUCUAAGUUAGCAUGACAUCUUUGUAGUCCCUAGUAGGCCCCACUGAAAACCCAUUUCAGAUCCUGUGUUGCCUCAUCACUCAGUCCAACAGGGAUGUUUUUGAUACUUGUCUUCUCUGUUUCUGCCUUUCUGUGGGAAAGUGGUAGGGUUGUUUUCUUUACUAAACCUCCUGAUACUUGUCUUCACCGAGUAACACACAACUGCAUAAAGUACAGAGAAUGUACAAAGAUAGAGGUGCAGUUAGUCCCUUGACCAGACACCACCAGUGAGUACACGUCUCAAAAAGUUGGAUAUACUUUGAGGUGAAAAAAGUAAUUGCUAGUGGUUUCAUUUAUUGUGGUCAAUUUGUUUGGUUUGCAAGUGAGAAACUUUGAUUUCCAGGUUUGAUUUGGAGUUCUUGAUGAUGGGUAUUGGAUUCAUGUGACUAUACAGUUGGAAAGCAAUCAAAAUUUUGAGUACCCUAAAUGGGAUUAGUAGGAAAUUUUGGUAAUUAGAUUUAUUUUGUUGCAGAAAUGGAAUCCACAACACAAAGAAAUGACAUAACAUUUGAGAGGGUUGUUUCAUCAAAGGCACUGAAGAUGGGCAACUCAUUUUCAUGUCAAAUUUGUGUAGCGGGUUUCCUUUCUGGUGUUUGUCUAACUUAUUUCUUUCUCGCCGCUUUAACUUCGUCUGGAAAUGUGGAGUUUGGAGGGUUUUCACUUUUGCCAGCUUCCCUGGGAACUUUAUCUCAGAAUUCAUCAAGUUCAGACGUUUUCAAUAAUGGUGCAAGAAAGCUACAUUCACAGAAAGAUGAAGAGUUGGAUAGAAAAGAAAAGAUCAUGUUAUUAUAUUCUGCUUGGACUGCCAUGCUAAAUAAAUCAGAAGAUAAUAUUGAUAGUGAGCUCUGGAGCAAGUUAGGACUGAACAUAUCCCAAGUGCCGAAAGCUCCUCAUUUGGAGAACUGUAAAUCCAGUGCACAAGUAAACAAAUUUCUCGACAUUCGCGGAGAGAAUGGACGAAACCCAGGUUGGGAAAAUUGGAAAGGACUUCUAAGAAUGAAAGUUCAACAAGAAAACUCCACGGUGGAUACCGAGCAAGUACAUGCUGAGAAGAUGUUUAAAUCCGAAGACACUUAUCCUCCUUGGAUUUCAGGAUCAGAUGAAGAUAAUUUUCCCCUGACAAGGAAAGUGCAACAUGACAUCUGGAUACACCAACACCCACUGAAUUGCAGUGACCCUAAUUUAAGGUUUCUAGUUGCUGAUUGGGAAACAAAACCUGGAUUUGGCAUUGGUGCCCAGCUAGCUGGAAUGAUUGGUUUUCUUGCUAUUGCAAUCAAUGAAAAAAGGAUUCUAGUUACUAACUAUUUCAACCGAGCAGACCAUGAUGGAUGUAAAGGUCGUUCCCGCUCUCAUUGGUCUUGCUACUUCUUUCCUGAAACUUCUAUAGAAUGUCGAGACCGUGCAUUUGAUCUCAUGAAAAUACAAGAAGCUUGGGAUAGUGGAAUCGUAACUGGAAAACAUAAUUAUAGGUCAAAGGACAUUUGGGCAGGACGUAUACCCAAGGUCUGGGGUGAUCCUUGGUUAUUUUUACAACCAACAACUGAAAUAAAUGGUAGUUUGGUCAGGCACCAUCGGAAAAUGGAUAGGAGGUGGUGGCGAGCACAGGCAAUACGGUACCUAAUGAGGUUUCAAACUGAUUAUACAUGUGACUUGCUAAAUGUUGCUCGACAUACUGCAUUUGGACUUCAAGCCGCAGAGAUGGUUCUUGAAAGUCUUCCUGGAGCAUGGCCAGAGGCAGUUGCUAAUAAUCCUUUAUCUGAUAUGGAGCAAUAUGUGUGGCGCGAACAUAAACCUUGGAUUCCUAGGCCUCUACUGAGUAUGCAUGUAAGAAUAGGAGAUAAGGCAUGUGAAAUGAAGGUGGUUGGAUUUGAAGAGUACAUGCGCCUUGCUGAUAGGAUAAGAAAGCGCUUUCCGAACCUAAAGAACAUUUGGCUUUCAACUGAAAUGCAGGAAGUGAUUGACAAAUCAAUGUCAUACCCAAAUUGGAAGUUCUAUUACACGAACAUUACACGGCAAGUAGGAAACACGUCAAUGGCAUCUUAUGAAGCGAGUCUCGGUAGAAAGACGAGUACAAAUUAUCCCAUGAUUAAUUUCUUGAUGGCAACGGAGGCUGAUUUCUUCAUUGGAGCUUUGGGUUCAACUUGGUGUUUUCUCAUAGAUGGAAUGCGGAAUACUGGUGGGAAAGUAAUGGCUGGAUAUUUAAGUGUCAAUCGGGAUCGGUUCUGGUAGCAUUAACAUAUCUAGGAAUCAAACACGUACACACGUCAAAGUAGAAUAGAGGUCUCUAAUCCUUGUUUAUAGCAAAAUUUUAAGUACUUCUUACGGAUUUUUGUUUUCUUGUGCACAUAUUUGUCAAUAUAAUAAGUAGGAAUGUUCUAUGAACUAGUAAAACUUAUCAUGUGAAUGUCAAAGCUGAUGAAGAUCUUGCACUA